CCUAAGAAGUAGAAUCACCAUAGGACCAAAGGAUUCUAGAAUCCUGAGGACCAUUCGGAGCUGGUCAAUGUUCUACAGCCUGCACUGUGCUCCAGAGAGCCCCCGGCAGAUCCUGGCUAAGGGGGAGAGAACUGGGACUGGUGAACAGGAGAGACAAAGAUCUUCCCUAAAACCACCUAUUAAGAAGCUCAUUUCUAUUUCCUGAGCUGCUUCGAUGACUUCUUUGUAAUUGGGCAGUGACUGCGUGUGCUGCUGUUUGCACACCAUCUGGGCUAGCUAGGAUGUGGCUAGCAUAGUGAGUGUGGCUCUUUAUAAAGGGACAUACGCGGAAGUCCACUCAGCCUCCUGCUUGCUUUAUAAACCCACCUGUGUGAUUUGCUGGUGAGUUUUCAGUGCACUCACAUCGCCAGCCUCCGAGUGAAGCAUGCAGAGUACCAGAGACAAGCGCACAGCCCUCGAAUAAUAGGCUCUUUGUGUGAAGAGGAAUGGAAGCUGAGCCGAGCAGCCCGGCUUAGUACCUACUUCCAAUGAUCCGGCUUUUCACGGGCACAUUGCUGGCGGUAGAAGUGCAGCUCUGGGAUACUGCUCAACUGGAUGAGGCGAUAUGCCAGUCGGUUUAUCCCCAGAAAGCCGUGACUCUGGAGAGAGUAACUGGGGAAUACGUUGCAUUUCUACACAUUCUGACUUCCCCUCUCAAACCGUGAUUGAUCUGCACUAUGCUAAGCACAGCAACUGUCCCUAACUCUGCUGCUAGCGUGAGCUAUCCUGGAAUCCUAGCACCCUGCAGCCUGCGGGCCAUCUGGCUCCUCUCUCUGCUACUGGGACUGUGCCAGUCUGCUGAAAACAGAUGCUUCUCUUCAAACGCAGCUACAUGUACAAAAUGCCUUGCACUUGGCCCAGAAUGUGGAUGGUGUAGUCAAGAGGAUUUUAUGGUGGAAUCAGCAAACAAUGAAAGAUGUGAUACUGUUUCCAAUUUAAAAGCCAAACGUUGCAGACCUGAUUUAAUAGAACAUCCUUCUGUACAAGUUCAAGUCCUCAGUUCCAAGGAGCCUGGCAGCCAGGUUAUCCCAUCCGAUGUUAAUGUUCAGCUAAGGCCUGGUGCUACCGCAAAUUUCAUGGUUAGAGUUCACCGCCUUGAGAAAUAUCCAGUGGAUCUUUAUUAUUUGGUUGAUGUCUCUGUUUCAAUGCGCAAAAGUAUAGGCAAGCUCAUUUCUAUGGGAUUUGACUUGUCUCGAAAAAUGGCUAACUUUUCUAAUGAUAUUCGGUUUGGAUUUGGAUCAUUUGUGGAUAAACCCGUGACACCAUAUAUUAGUAUUCACCCCUCGAGGAUUAAAAAUCAGUGCGCUAUUUUUAAUGUGCAUUGCAUGCCAGCACAUGGUUACAUUAAUGUCCUACCCUUAACAGACAAUAUUACGGAAUUCAAAAAACUUGUGAGUCAGCAGGAAAUGUCUGGAAAUCUUGAUGAUCCCGAAUGUGCAUUUGACGCAAUGCUGCAGGCAGCUGUUUGUCAUAAAGAUGUUGGCUGGCGAAAAGAAGCAAAGCGUUUGCUUAUUGUGAUGACAGAUGAAACUUCUCACUUGGCGUUAGAUAGUAAAUUGGCAGGAAUAGUCCUUCCUAAUGAUGGCAAUUGCCACAUUAAAGACAAUGUUUACAUAAGAUCCACAGAUAUGGAACAUCCAUCAUUGGGCUUACUUGGAGAAAAAUUAGUAGAAAACAAUGUUUUGGGCAUUUUUGCUGUGCAAGGAAAGCAUUACCACUGGUAUAAGGAUUUAACGCCAUUGUUGCCAGGGACAAUCGCCAAGGAGUUGGAACCAACCGCUUCAAAUGUGAAAGACUUGGUGGUUGAUGCCUAUCAGAGGUUACUUUCAGAAGUAAAACUUCAAGUGGAUAACCCGCUCCGGGGUAUUAAUGUUAAUAUCACUGCUAUAUGUCCAGACGGAAGCAGGCACUCAGGGACAGAAGGUUGUCGCAAUGUAAGAAGCAAUGAAAAGGUCUUAUUUAAUGUAACAAUUACAAUGGACAUGUGUGAUAUAGUGGAGGGACAUAACCACAUCACACUUAAACCUAUUGGUUUCAAUGAAACUGUUAAUAUAAAGAUACACAAAGCCUGUACCUGUCUGUGUAACAGCGUGUCAAAAACCAAAGGAAAAUGUGUCACGGAAGUCCUGCUAGACUGUCAGACAGCAUUGUGCAAUGAAGAUAGCUGUACACUGGAUGAGACAGAUCCACCCACGAGCUGCAGGAAGUCCCCCUCGCAGCCGCUGUGCAAUGGCCGAGGAGUGUGCUCAUGUGGAAAAUGCAUUUGUCACGAAUCAAAACUGGGAAAAAUAUAUGGGAAAUACUGUGAAAUGGAUGAUUUCUCCUGCCCUUACCAUUAUGGAAAAUUAUGCUCUGGUAAUGGUGAAUGUGAAGAUGGGAAUUGUAAAUGUUUCAGUGGUUGGGACGGCAAUCGCUGCCACUGCACGACAUCAAAGAAACACUGCAUGGACUCAAAUGGUCAGAUAUGCAGCGGAAGAGGAAACUGCGUUUGUGGGAAAUGCGAGUGCAUUAACAACGUGAGCUUCGGCCAUUUGUGUGAAUACUGCUUGAAAUGCGGCAAUGGCUGCACCAACAACUGGAAUUACGAGCACAGUUAUGAAACUUCCAAUGUUUCUGAAGCUGCAAGAAUACAGUGCAAAAGCAAAUGUAGCACACUGGGAUAUAGUUUAAAUCAAACAACAGAAUGCUUAUUAGAUCCAAGGAUCCUGAAAUUUUUUAUUAUUAUCCUUGUUGUCACUUUCUUCUUCGGACUUAUUACUGUGCUUAUAACUAGACAAAUGUUUCUACAAUGCCAAAAUAUAAAAGACACAGCCUCUUCCUCUGAUUACAGGGGCGCCAGGGCUAAGAAGGAUAAAGGAGUUUUGCACCGGGUUUAUGGCAGAACAGUUUCCUAUAACAGUGAAAAACCUGAAGAUAUUCACAUUGGCAUUCUAGGAGUACACGAACCAUAUAAGUACAAGUUUUAAAGAAAGUAUCUAGCCCUAAUGAUUGUAAACACUCCAGACCAGCUGCCGUCAUGUUGUCGUAUACAUUAAUGUACACAAACAUAUUUUAGCAAACUGACAUGUUAUUAAAAUGCAUGUGUGUUUUGUUUUUGUUUUAUUUUAUUUUUAACUAAACAGUAAAAUCUAAUGACUAAGAGUUGUAAAAGUUUGGCAAAAAAUAGCCGAGUUGAAAGCGUUCUUUAAUUUUUACGUUUUUUUCAACUCUGUUAUUUUGGUGUAAAUUUUGCAAUUUGUUUGGUAGCUUACCACUAACUUACCAAAAUAUACUGUUUGGUUAUUAAACUCCACUGUUACUGUUUGUAAUAAUGUAGCUGCUGUAAUCAAUCCAAGUGCGAAAUACUACUGUUUGGUACCACUUUUGAAUGUAGCACUUUAUUUGUAGAUUUUUUUUUGUGUGUGUGUAUGUAUAUAUAUA